GGAAAAAAGUAUACUCAAAGCUAGCCAACUAUCGGCAGCCGGCCAAAGAACCUUAUUCUCCUACUUCCCUCCUCCUGACACUUUCACCCUACCAUUCCACCACUAGUAAAACAGAAAAGACUCUAUAUAUGCUCUACCCCAAUUCCAUGAAUCACAUUCUCCACCAUUCUUCUCCCAUGGCCACUGCAACAACUUCUACUACUACUACUCUCUUAGCACUAGUGGCUUUCUUCAUCACAACUCUCACAUCUUUCCCUUUCAUGGUCUCAUCUCAGGCUUGCCAGAACUACUGUGGCAACAUCCCCAUCAAGUACCCUUUUGGAACCGGCCUUGGCUGUGGCGAUCCCCGCUUCCAAAAGUAUGUUACUUGCAGCCAAGGCAAGCUCACUUUCACCUCCCACACCGGCUGCUACCCGAUCACAAACAUCGACUACUCGAACCAGGUCAUCUACAUCUCCGAUCCAUCCAUGUCGACGUGUUCCUGUACUCAGCCGAGCAAAGGCUUUGGCCUCGAUUGGGACGCCCCUUUUUCUUUCCACGAUGAUACCGUCUUCACCCUCUUGGAUUGCUCAACCACAUCGUCGCCUAUGUUCAGCACUACUGACUACGGUGGUGGGAGUAGUGGCAAUGGCAGCAGCAGCAGCAGCAGCAUGGUCCCUCAGUGUGACAGGACAGGGGCGCCAAUCUGCAGCUUCUUGUAUUCGUGCAGGGCGAUCAGUAUGAUGAACCUCCCAAUCUCCACUUGCUGUGUUUACACACCGGUUGAUCUUGGUCCUUCGUUCGAGAUGGACCUCCAGAAGCUGAAAUGUUCGUCGUAUGCUGGAUUCUACAGCUUCAACGGGCAGGAAUCGAAUCCGGAUGACUGGAAGUAUGGGAUUGCAUUGAAGUAUAAGUUCAAUGUGUAUAAUGAUUACCCUGGCUCGUGUGCAAACUGUGAGAGAAGCCAUGGGGUUUGUGGGUAUGUUGGGGCUUUCAACUCUUUUGUCUGCAACUGUCCGGGUGGUUUCAAUACCACAUCUGAGUGUUUGUUCUUCAGCCAUGCUUCAAGCCAAUGGAAGAAUGGUGCCUGGUGGAUCAUUUUCUUGGCAACCCUUUUUAUUUUGGCUAAUUUGUAGACUGGAGGGACACCAUGGAGAUGGAAAUUUCUCAUGUUUUCAAUGUAUAAGAGUCUGUUGAAUAUGAGGGAAAGUUGCUGUAAUGUUGCUUUACAAAUUAUAUUGUAAGGAAUGUGGAAAAAGGGGCAAUGGGCAUUACCCCAAAUAAAUAGUUUCAUUCUUCUUUUUUGUAAUUGGAACUUCUGAAUUGAGAGGUUUUUAAGUUUUAUCAUUUUGGCUAUCCACCAAGCCAGCUAGCUAGCAGAAGUGGGACUCUGAUGUGGAGAGAAUCUGAAGUACCAGAAGAAUAUGAAAUAGAAUGAGGUGAGGGAAUAAGGUUCUCUUUUUUGUGAACAAUCAUAGCCACCAAGAAAGAAUCACUUUCAGACUCGAGAGUAAAGCUUCACUAUCUAGGACCCUACUUGGUUGCUAAGCUCAUCCAUCAGAAAUUUAAAGCUGGCUUUAUUGCUUCCACCUUUCAGCUAACAAGCUUUGGAAUCUCCACUUUGUAGC